CAGAAGCGGAGCUCACGUUUUGUUUGCUGCGGGGAUUUUUACCUCAGAUGGACUUGAUAGAGGAAAAGAUCACAUAGUCCGGCUUCUGUAGUUGAAGUGCUGUUUGAAGAAAACAAACUUGCACGCCUUAAUGUGUUUUAUGUGGUUGCGCUCAACAGUGAGGUAGUUUUUUUAUUCUGGCACAUUUUUUUUUUUUUUUUUUAAACCAGCGUGAGAUUUAUCCCGUAGAUGCGGCUGUCGGGGUCGGUUUCUAAGCCCUGCAGGAUCAGCCUGUCAUAGGGCAUGAUAAUGAUGAUGAUGAUGAUGAUGAUGAUGAUUUCUCCGGUUCUUCUUAAGUGCAUGAGGAAUAUUUGUUCGGAGAUGCUGCUGCUCCUGCUGCUGGUGCCAAUAUUGUGCGUUUUACCUCAGACUGGAGCGGCUCCUUCUCAGUCAACAGAGCAGCUGGACAUGGGGGUGGACUGGCUGAGUAAGUUCGGUUAUCUCCCUCCCCCUGACCCAGUGACAGGUCAGCUUCAGACUAAGGAGGCCCUGACGAAGGCCAUCAAAGCCAUGCAGAAGUUUGGAGGGCUGAAGGAGACCGGGGUCUUAGAUCAAGCCACUCUUGGUCUAAUGAAAACACCCAGAUGUUCCCUGCCAGAUGUUUCGGAGGUUGAGGCGACAGCGGCCCGUAGGAAAAGGAGUCCGGUCCCUCAGAACAAAUGGAAGAAGAGGCAUCUAUCUUGGAGAGUGAGGACUUUCCCCAAGGAUUCGGCCUUAUUGGGGAGGGACACUGUUCGAGCCCUGAUGUACUACGCCUUAAAGGUCUGGAGUGACAUCGCACCUCUUAACUUCCACGAGGUGGCCGGCAGUGAUGCAGACAUUCAGAUCGACUUCACCAAAGCCGACCACAAUGAUGGAUAUCCAUUUGACGGGCCAGGGGGCACUGUGGCUCAUGCAUUUUUCCCAGGGGAGAGGUUCACAGCUGGAGAUACGCACUUUGAUGACGACGAAGCCUGGACCUUCAGAUCACCAGACUCUCAUGGGAUGGAUCUGUUUGCGGUCGCCGUCCACGAGUUUGGUCACGCCAUCGGCCUGGUCCAUACCUCAGCCAUAGAGUCCAUCAUGAGACCAUACUACCAGGGUCCUGUGGGAGACCCCCUGAAAUAUGACCUGCCCUAUGAGGACAAAGUCCGCGUCUGGCAGCUCUAUGGGGUCAGAGACUCGGUGUCCCACACACAUCAGCCUGGAAACCCCUCCCAAACAGCUGAACCUCCUGUCCUUCUGGACCUUCCUGAAAACAGAUCCACUGUCCUGCUGGCGCGAGAUGCCCCAGACAGAUGCACCAGUCACUUUGAUGCAGUGGCCCAGAUACGAGGGGAGGCCUUCUUUUUCAAAGGGAAGUACUUCUGGCGACUCACUCGAGAGAAGCACCUGGUGUCCCUGCGUCCGGCUCAGAUCCACCGCUUCUGGAGAGGCCUCCCAAACAAUUUGGACAGUGUGGACGCAGUGUACGAGAGGCCUGGGGAUCAUAAAAUAGUCUUUUUCAAAGGUCUCAAGUACUGGGUAUUCAAAGACAAUAUCGUAGAGGAAGGUUACCCCCGUCCAAUCAGUGACUUCGGUCUACCCUCGGAGGGUGUGGAUGCGGCUUUCGUUUGGCUACACAACGACAAAACCUACUUCUUCAAGGACAACCACUACUGGCGCUAUGAUGACCAUCUGAGGCGAAUGGACCUGGGUUACCCUAAAGACAGCACGCUUUGGAAGGGGCUGCCACCGCAACUCGACGACGCCAUGAGGUGGUCUGAUGGCUCAUCCUAUUUCUUCAAGGGGAAGGAAUACUGGCGAGUGCCGGGCAGCGACAUGGAGGUGGAGGCGGGUUACCCCCGGCUCAUCGCUAAGGACUGGCUCCUGUGCACUGAGAUGCAGUCGGACUCUCCAGACACGGAGCCCAAAAGCACAGAGACCAGAGUCAACGUGCACCAUCACCCAGACCACGCAGAGAAUGGAUACGAGGUGUGCUCCUGCACCUCGGACACCGCCUCACCUUUAGGUGUCCGUCUCUCCCCAUCUCCCGUCUGGCUGCUGCCACCUCUCUGGACGCUAUCGCUGGCCCUCCGCUCUGAACUGCUAUGAUGCCAAAGCACUGGACAAAGCCGUCGAGCUGACUGGUGGAGGCCUGCGGACAUUCAGUCAAAGCAAAAACUAGAACCAUUUUGUUCAUGGUUGUUGUUUUUUUUUUGUAUCUUUUGCUCCUAUUUUGCUCUUAUUUAUUCCACAUGCCAUUUAAUGAUGGGUUGCUGGGUGCAGGGGAUGGGGAUUUAAGUACUUUUUCUAAAAGAAGAUACUCACAUAGAGAUGCACUUCAGGAGUACCAACAGUGAUUAUUUCUUUUCAUGUGCAGCACCUUUAUAGCAGCAUUGACUGCCACAUGUGCACUACAAUAGAAAAGUAAAAGGCAUCAAAGUUGUUUUUUUAUGUAAUAAAGUUCAAAGAUAUUCUACUAAGAUUGUGGCUCCUAAACAUCACAGUAAAGUUAAAGAGAAGUUGUCUGUGCUUUUCAGAAAGCUGAAAGUGACCCAUCUGUUGUGUGUUUGGUUCAAUAAUAGACCAUGGGGACAUUUUGUCAAUAAAAAGUAAUGGCAAAAACAGCUAAACCAGUUUGUUACUUCAGGCAAAUUACAUUCAAAUUAAAGGAGAUUUAAUUAAUCAUUCAGGCAAUUCAAUCCAACUUGGCGUGACCUGUUGUAAUGGCUAAAAGACACAGGUGUACCUGGUGGCUCCUCUACCGAAUUUAACAAUCACCAUUUUAAAGUUCACAUCUUUGGUGUGUCUCUGAGUGCAGGAUCAAGGGGAAACAAAUUUUUAGACAUGGUGCUGUUGAAAUUUUUAUGUUAUUUUAAAGCCCCCUGAAUGUGCUAGUGGAGUGCUAUUUGCGUUUGCAUAUGUAUGCAUUUCCCAAAACAUAGGAAUCUAGAGCUUGUCCCGAAAAGGUGAUUGUUCUACUCUACCUAUGGCUUAGCGACUCAUGACAGCCCUGUGACAACCUGAAAUGUAAUUGCUGGCCCUUGUCAUAAAUAAGUAUUUAAAACAUGAAAAGUUAUUUGUGUAGGAUUUAGAUGUGCUUACAUAUUGAAAUUGUGUUUUGACAUCUGUGUUAUUUGUAAGUUAACUUGCACUGAAAAACUUGAGUGUGCAUAAACUGAGGGAUUCUUCAAGGUAAAAAAAAAAAAAAAAAACCACUUCAGUCUUCUACAGAGAAAUGAAUAAAUUUUAUCUGUCAUGAUCAUCACAAAAACCAACUCUUUGACAUAAACUUCACAUACAUGCAUGGGCAUAUGCAAAUCUUAAAAAUCUAACCUUUCAACAUUGCAGGUGAUUUCAUGAGAAAUAGUCACGAACACCACGAAUAACUGCAUUUCACCUCUAUUCACAAUAUGUUGUAUUGAUGAUCCAAACUAUCAUCAUUGGUGGUGGUGGUGGUGGGGGGGGGGUCGUAAACCAGAACACCCUCAUAACUACCCAAACCACCGACAGACACUACAGUCUCUCACCAAAUAAAGACUGAAGCUUAGUGUUCACAUAAUACUGUAUGGUAUCUUCAAGUUUUCUCUAUCAAACACAAUGUCUGUUGGUCAAAAUAACACUACUGUCUCACAAAUCUUCAUGUGCUGCACCAGUCAUUAAUUUACAUUUUUAGUCUGUUUUCUUUGCUCUAAUUUUAGACAGAAAACAGACACAGUAAAAACACAAAUUACCACUGUUUUCUAUACAGUUAGUGUUGCCAAUAGCUCCACUAAAGAUCCAUUUUGAAUAGUCCAAGACAAGGUCAGAACUGUCAGUUUAGUCUGAAUCAUGGAUCAGACAGUGAACUUAGUGAAGAUAACAUCAAAUAACUUUGUAUUACCAUCUGUGUCAGCAGUGCCUCCAUUUUGUCACAUUAUUCAACUCUAAAAGUUGUUUCUUAAUGGUCUUCAUCAUAGCCACAGACUGACACAGCUGAAAAAAUUCACUGCAUUUUUCUACUUCAUUCUAAAAUACUCAAAAAUUGCCUAAAAGUAUCGUUAAAGUAAAAGUACUAUAGGUCUGUUUAUUGGGUGCAGUCCUGGGUAAUAUGAAACUUAUUCAUAUAUGUGUGGUUAUGUUAUACUAGAGGAAGUUUAGUGUAUUUCCUGUCUAAAAAUGGGAGACCAGCCUUCCAAAAAAUAAAUAUAUAAAACAGUUGUGAUAAGCAGAAAUGCCUGGUCUGCUGCUCUUGCAGACGGUUUGCAAACCUCUUACUAUGAGAGCUCUGGGGAUGAGUCGGUGAACAGGCUCCGUCAGUAACUUUUUCCUGUCUGAAGCGUUUAACUGUACCCUGAAGUGACAAACUGCUGCUCAUAGACAUAUCUCAGUGUGUUUAUUUCAGCUUAGGUUCAAACGCAUUCCUUACUCUCUGUUUUGUUGUAUAUUCUCUAUCAAAAUCAGAUUAAAUGAUAAUCUUUUUUUUUUUUUUUUUUUUUUUUGCUUUUGCUAUAGACCUUGAAGCCUUUUGUGACUGUUGGAAAUUUUCCUGCAUUACUUUGGGAUCCCUGGAUUUAUUCUUACUGUAAAGAUAUAUUUACCUACAAUAUAAAUAUAGACUGAUAUAUUUGAGUUGAAAGGUUCUGCAGUUACUGCAAAAACAAGUGGACUGUGUAUAUUUUAUGCUGUGUUUUCUAAUGUAAAAUAUUUUUGUAGGAAAAAAUAAAAACCUGAAUGACUUUA